GCCGUGAGUGGUUCAAGCAGGUGGAAGUAAACAAAUGGCGGAGGCGGCAUGCGGCUCGGGGUUACGGGCUCUGCCUCCUGCGGCUCCUCUCUCUGCGUCGUCCCCCGGUGCCGUGGAAGCACGGGGCCAUGGCCGGGGCCAGGGCGGGCAGGCGUGCGGGGAUGAACUCCGGCUGGAGGUCGCCGGCUCGCACUCGUCGGCCGUGUGGGUGCGCGGUCUGGCGGAGCGGUGGCGGAGCCGUCUCGCUGCCGCCGAGGCGAGGAGACGCGGCGGGCCCGAGGCGCUGGAGCAGGAGCUGAGCCUCGUGUGCGGAGUGGAGACGCUGCGGUGUCCCGCUGAGGCACUGAACUGCGAUCCAAGCAGCAUUCCGCCGCACGUGGACCUCCUCACGCUCAGGCUGAGGCAGCAGUACCUGGAAAAGAAACAACGCCUGCCCCCUACGGGAGCGGCAUCGAACAAGCGCAUACAGACCAUGCUGCGCGAGAUGGAGCUGCAGUACCACGCCAAGCAGUCUGAGGAGCUGGAGGACGCCAUCCCACCCGGAGAGGUCCUGCUCGUCGUCAACGUCUACUACCCCAUCAUCCUUCAGCGGCACAAGUGCAGCAAACCGCACCAGGUGCUCCAUGUACUGGGCAGCCAGAAGCUGACGGAGCUCCGGGACGCGCUGCCGUGCGUGAGCGACCUGCAGAUGCUGGGCGAGUACAGCAACACCCCCGACCUGGCGCCCGAGCACACGAGCAAGGACCUCUACAAGUCGGCCUUCUUCUACUUUGAGGGCAUCUUCUACAAUGACAUGCGCUUCCCCGAGUGCCAGGACCUGAGCAGGACGAUCGUAGAGUGGGCGAGUUGCCUGGACCGGGGUCUUGGGCCAUUCGAGGCACGCUCCAUGGAAGACCACACCUUUAAUGACCUAGUUCUCAAGGUGGGAUUCCCCUACCUGUACUGCCAUCAGGGAGACUGCGAGCACAUCGUCAUCGUCAAGGACAUAAGGAUGGUGAACCCGGAUGACUGCCAAGACCGGUCCCUGUACCCCCUGCUCGUCAGCAAGCACUGCUUCAUGUCGAGGAAAUGUCUCGUCUGCAAAAUUUACACGGCCAAGUGGGUGACCAACAACGACGAGCUGGCUCCCGAAGACCCCUGCUUCUUCUGCGACGUCUGCUUCCGCAUGCUGCACUACGACGAGAGCGGGGGCAAGGUGUGCGACUUCGAGGCGUUCCCUUACGUAGACCCCGGCAUAUUCAACUGAAGGGGCCUGUGCCUAACCUGCUACGAGCGACUCGUGGCCGUGCACACCGCUGACGAGUGAUCAUUGGCGAUUUUCUAUUUUCCUCUGGCGGCUUAUAUAGCUAGUGUGUGAAUAAUUGCGAUGGAGAGACGGAUGACAGAUUGGGGUUUCCGUUGGCCACACCACCCAUAGCCCCCAUGCCGGCCUGUUGUGGACGUCCAUCAACAGCACUUGCCUCUUCACUCAGUUCUGGAGUGUUACUGUGAAAAAUGCCAGCGGUAAAAAUGUCUACCGAUGUACAUAUUGUAUUCGUGAAAUCUACGUUGACAGCAUUCCAUACCAGCUUCUCGGUGACCAUGCUGGAACCCCUCCUCGGUUGGCAUCUUGCAGAAGGAAACUUGUCUGUUUUGCUCUUUAACAUUAAAUAUUUUGUUCUAAAAUGGAA